CUCACGACCUCAGAUAAUCGAAGCGGCGCCGGCGCGACUGCACAAAACUAGAGCGGUGAGGGCACGAGCGAGCAGCCGGAUGCCUCCGAGCAGCGGCGCGAAUGCCCCAUCUUCUCACGAGCGCACGGAUGGUCCUAGCAGCGGCACGGGCGGCCUCCCUUCUUCGCGCAAGGGCACCGAGGAUCUGAGCAGUGGCGCUGGUGGCCCCCUUCCUACACCUCCGAGGAUGGGUGGCGAAGUAUGGACUCUUGUACUGCAUUGUGAUCGCGGGAGUGAAACUUCUAUUGUGAACAAGGAAAUGGAUAGAGAUUUGGUAUGCUAUUUUAAUCUGAUGCGGUGGGUGGAGUCACUUAGCUUCACUGCUCAAGACUUCUUUUUCUACCCUAAGAGAGAUUUGCAGUAGGGGAUGGACAUUGUUUACGAGAUUUGCACUGAUGUAGAGGUGAUGGAAUGCUGCGAGAAUAUGAGUUUGAGAAGAAGGUGAAUUUGCA